UGGCCGCUGACUUGGUCCGUCAGUGCGCCUGCGCGAGCUUCGCGUGCCGCGGUUCUUGACUGUGCUGAGGCGGGCGCCGGGUGUAGCCAUGCAGACAGCGGAGUGUGAGCAGCCCUCUAAGCGACCCCGAAGCGAUGGAAGCCCAAGAACCCCACCGAACUCUCCCUCAGGGGCACACUGGACCGUGGGCCCAGAAUUCCACGAGGACCACCAGACGUGGAACGCGGAGCAGGUGUGCUCCUUCUUAGAGCAGAAUGGCUUCAACCAGCCCUCACUGCUGAAAAACUUCCGAGAAAAUAAUAUCACAGGUUCAUUACUGCAUUUUCUUGAUGAAUCUCUCCUUGAAAAUCUUGGAGUAAGUUCUUUGAGCCAGAGGAAGAUGCUGCUAAAUUUUAUCCAGCGACUGAGUCUAACUUAUGUUGAUACAAUGAAGGUUAUUAAUGAUCCUGUCCAUGGCCACAUAGAGUUCCACCCUCUCCUCAUCCGAAUCAUCGACACGCCUCAGUUCCAGCGGCUGCGGUACAUUAAACAGUUGGGAGGCGGUUACUACGUCUUUCCAGGAGCAUCCCAUAACCGCUUCGAGCACAGUCUAGGGGUAGGAUAUCUAGCAGGAUGUCUAGUUCGUGCACUAAGUGAAAAACAGCCCGAACUGCACAUAACGAAGCGAGACAUGCUCUGUGUUCAGAUUGCAGGGCUUUGCCAUGAUCUUGGUCAUGGACCGUUUUCCCAUAUGUUUGAUGGAAGGUUUAUUCCCCUGGCUCGCAAAGAGAAGAACUGGACGCAUGAACAGGGCUCAAUCAACAUGUUCGAGCAUCUGGUGAAUUCUAACGGACUCAAAGCUGUCAUGAAACACUAUGGUCUUGUCCCUGAAGAAGAUAUCUGCUUUAUCAAGGAACUCAUUUUAGGGUUGCCAAAGUCCUCUCUCGAAGAGUCGUCGUGGCCCUAUAAAGGGCGUCCCAAAGAAAAAAGCUUUCUUUAUGAGAUCGUGGCGAAUAAAAGAAAUGGCAUCGACGUGGACAAGUGGGACUACUUUGCCAGGGACUGCCAUCAUCUGGGAAUCCAGAACAACUUUGAUUACAAGCGCUAUAUGUUGUUUGCCCGCGUCUUAGAAGUAAAGAAUAAUAAGCAGAUUUGUACUAGAAACAAGGAGGUUGGAAAUCUCUAUGACAUGUUCCACACUCGCAACUCUCUGCAUCGCAGGGCUUAUCAACACAAGGUUGGCAACAUCAUCGACACCAUGAUCACAGAUGCUCUCCUCAAGGCCGACCCUUACAUAAAGAUUCCAGGUGCUAAUGGGAAGAUGUACCGCAUUUCCACGGCCAUCGAUGACAUGGAGGCCUUCACCAAGCUCACAGAUAACAUCUUUCUGGAGAUCUUAUAUUCUACUGAUCCUAAUUUGAAUGCAGCACGAGAGAUUUUAAAAAAUAUUGAAUACCGGAAACUGUACAAGUAUGUGGGAGAGACUCAGCCAAAGAACUCCAAGAAGAUUAUGAAGGAAGAAUAUGAGAAGCUUCCCAAAGAGGUCGCCAACUCUAAGCCUAUUAAUGUGCCAAUCAAGGCUGAGAUGAAGGCUGAGGAUUUCGUUGUGGACGUGAUCAACAUAGAUUAUGGGAUGCAAGAAAACAAUCCAAUUGAUCAUGUUCACUUCUACUGUAAGAGCAACCCCAACCAUCCCAUCACUAUUGACAAAUGUCAGGUCUCACAGUUUCUGCCGGAAAGCUUUGCUGAGCAGCUCAUCCGAGUGUACUGCAAGAAAGAUGACAAGGAGAGCCUGUACGCGGCUCACCAGCACUUUGUUCAGUGGUGUGUGAUCCGGGACUUCGUCAAGCCGCAGGAUGGCGACAUCAUCGCGCCACUCAUCACCCCGCAGAAAAAGGAGUGGAACUACAAGAAUUCUACAAGUCCCACCACUCGCCCCCAGGGAGCCAAGAUGCAGCUCUUCAAGGACAACGCGGAGUGAGUGCCUGUGGCAUCCGUCCUCACACAGUCCCUUUGGGAAAAUUCUGUCCAGGCCCCAUGAAUGUAACUAACCAUUACUGCUUUUUAUUUUCUGUUGUCAACAUGCGCACAAACUCAGCAGAGAUUUUAAAAGAAGCCGGGAGGGUCACGGCCAGUCUUGCUGUGCAUCCCAUGAGAAGCAUUAGCUUGAGCAUUUUUUAAAUAUUAGUGAAAACCUUUCUGUAGUCUAUUUUCUUAGGACAGCUCUUUAUCCACCUUGAACUCUUAAGGACAGAUGAUUGUUUUUAAUUUAGAAAUGAGACAAGGCUCCUCAUUGAAAUCAAAAGUUGGAGAUUGGAAUUAUCAUGGACACACGUGGUUAAAAUCAGAACCUAAAGUCACAG